ACCUUCAGUACAGGAGGAGGAAAACACAAUCACAGAGGAAACAUGAGCUACUUCACCUUUUACAUUGUACUAAACCUGGCACUUGCAGUUUUCUGUCUUCCAGUAGCAGAAAUUACAGGUCAAGAUGAAAGUUUGGCAGAGGGUUACCUGAAAUCAUUCUUCAAUUUAACAGAGGAAAGCGGACCUUCCAGACGUGGGAUCAGUCAACUCAGCAAGAGGCUUAGUGAAAUGCAAAGAUUCUUUGGUUUACAAAUCACAGGAACGCUGGAUGCUGAAACCUUAGAGAUGAUGAAGAAGCCUCGCUGUGGCGUGCCAGAUAAUGACUUGGCCAGUUUCUCCACUUUUGGAAAUAACCUCAAGUGGCAGACAAAAAGUCUGACAUACAGAAUCGAAAACUACACACCAGACAUGUCACGAUCAGAAGUGGAUGAUUCCAUUGAAAAAGCCUUGAACGUUUGGGGCAAAGUUACUCCGCUUAAAUUCACUAGAUUACACAGCGGCACGGCAGACAUCAUGAUUUCAUUUGGUCGCCAGUCACACGGUGAUUAUUACCCAUUUGACGGCCGCGACGGAACACUGGCCCACGCCUUCGCCCCAUCGUCCGGCAUUGGCGGAGAUGCUCACUUUGACGAGGAUGAGACCUUCACCUUCCGAUCAAAUUCUGGAUAUGUCCUUUUCAUGGUAGCAGCCCAUGAGUUUGGUCACUCCCUGGGCUUAACUCAUUCUGAUGACCCGGGCGCCCUCAUGUACCCCACGUACUCGUAUAGAAAUCCCGACACUUUUGUCCUGCCCCGCGAUGAUGUCAAAGGGAUCCAAAGUUUAUAUGGCCCGAACACAGAUACUUCUCAGCCAGCACCCCCACCCCCCACAACUCCCGAUGCUUGUGACUCAACCAUGGUGCUCGAUGCCGUGGCAUCCUUGCGAGGAGAAAUGCUUUUCUUUAAAGACAGCUUCUUCUGGCGAAGAUACGCUCAGAGCAGGUCACCUCAGCAGAGUCGGAUCAGAAACUUUUGGCCCAGUGCUCCAGUCAAUAUCGACGGUGCUUACGAAAACCAACAUUCAGACAGAGUUUAUAUCUUCAAAGAUCAACAAGUGUGGGCUUUCUCCGGCUACAAUCUGGUUCGUGGUUAUCCCCAACAACUGACUACAUUUGGUCUCCCCAGAACUGUGAGAAAAAUCGAUGCAGCUUUCUAUGAUGUGCAAUCAAGAAAGACUUUGUUUUUUGUGGACAGUUAUUACUACAGUUUUGAUGAGGCCAGAAAGAGUGUGGACAGUGGAUUCCCCAAACGGAUUGAUCAGACCUUUUCUGGUCUUAGCAAAGUGACGGCAGCGUUUCAAUACAGAGGUUUUACCUACAUCUACAGUGGACCUUACAUGUUUGAGUACAACUUGGCCACGGGACGAUUGUUUCGUGUACUGAGAAACAGCUACUUCUUACAUUGCAGUAACUUCUAGACCUGUUUGACCCCGAGUUUAUCGUAAGUCGUCAGAAAAGGUUCAGAAUUGAUACUAAGUUGUCCUGUCACAACUCUUGUUUCUUCUCAUUGUGAGUGAAGAUGUGUUGGUCGAUCGUCUGGCCCACGUUGAAGGUGAAAACUCGUAGUUUGUAGUUCUUUUGCGAAAGCGGUGCUGCAACAUCUCAUUUGCGUAAAGAAGAAAUGAAAUAUGCGGUAAAAUAAUAAAGCUAUACUAUAUUGUCUCAUUUAACCUUUUUGUUUUGUACUGAUUGCAUCCAUAUACUGUAUGAA